AUGGUUGAAACUCUUUUGAUCAGAAUAAGGGGAAUUGAAUUAAGAUUAACUAAGAAGAGCAAUUGUGAGGGCUUCCAACACAAAACAAUGAAGCAUACCCACAUAAUGACUCAAGCAUCUGCAGCCAUAACAGGCCCCACCCCUUACUUUGGGUCUGGUCCACCAGCUCAUGUGUGUGGUUUGGUGGGCCCUUUCAUUCGUUGCCCUAGUAGAAAAAUUGAAGACGAGCUGGCAGGAUUAUCAAAAUAA